AUGAGUCGUAAGGCCAUUACGUCUAACCCUAAAACAGCAAAGAUUACCCAAUGCGCUGAAACUCUUACCAAUCACGCAUGGGCGGAAGAACAGCGUGCUAAUGGUGUGACAAGCGACGAAGCGCUUGUAACACCCAAAAGCCGUUCAAAUAGCGAGUCUGACGAGGACACCGAUCGCACAGUGGUCCUAUGGGGUUUAACGGUUAGUUGA